UUCAGAACAUUUUAACAGUCAAGUCAACUUUGGGCGAAGGUGGCUACAGGCUUCGCCGCUUACUGACCCACACGGUGACUGGCCUCUUGCACCACAUUUCCGGCUCUUUGAGACUUUCAGGCUCACGAGUUUUACCAUGGAGCUGGUGCGGGUGUUUUUGUGUGUCUUGUCCGUGUUUGUCUCGCUGGUCUCGGAGAGGUUAGUGGUGCUGGCUUCCUUCUCUCAGUCUCUUGACAGCGACUUCACGUUCACUCUACCCGCCGGUCGGAAAGAGUGCUUCUACCAGACCAUGAAGAAAGAUGCCUCACUGGAGAUUGAAUAUCAGGUGUUAGACGGUGCAGGUCUUGAUGUAGAUUUUACCAUCUUCUCUCCUACUGGCCAACUGCUGUUCACUGACUACCGCAAGUCAGACGGCGUCCACACCAUAGAGACAGAGGAGGGAGACUACAUGUUCUGCUUUGACAACACGUUCAGCUCAGUCUCUGAGAAGCUCAUCUUCUUCGAGUUGAUCCUGGACAACAUGGGAACAGAAGAAGACGCAGACGACUGGAAGGAGUACGUUCAUGGAACAGACAUACUGGACAUGAAGCUGGAAGACAUUAUGGACGCCAUCAACAAUGUGAAGGCUCGGUUGGGUAAAAGUGUGCAGAUCCAGACGCUUCUGCGAGCAUUCGAAGCUCGCGACCGAAACAUCCAGGAGAGUAACUUUGAAAGGGUGAACUUUUGGUCAGUGGUCAAUCUCAUUGUUAUGGUAUUGGUCUCGGGGGUUCAGGUCUACCUUGUCCGCUCGCUGUUUGAAGAUAAAAGGAAAAUUCGAACAUAACACAACCUGAAACGGAGAGAGAGACUAACAAACUUGCCCACGAAAACCUAAUGGAUUUUUUUUAACCUGAUUUCCCCAUUUGUAACUUUUAAUAAAGGAUGUCUUAUGUACACAUACAGAUGCAUAAUGCAUUGAUUAAGAAACAGUUCACCACAGUUGUUGCUCUGGUCUUUUAGCCCCCUGGAGCUUGAGGGGCAUCCCAGGUUUGGAAAAACUUAUGACUCAAGAGCUUUACAUACAACCUACCCGUCUUUGCUAAUAGAAAAAAAAGCCAAAAAAAAAAAAUAGCAUCUUGUUUGAUACUUCGCCCCAGCUACUGUAGUUCUUCACUCAAAGAAGCACAUUUACAAUGCAGCUAUUUUUCUAAUGGAGUCUAAACUUACCAGACCAAAUGCAACAGUGUCAUUUUUUUUUUCUUUCUUUUUUAAAAUUUCAACAUGUUUAAGCUAAACUAAAUGAAGAAAUGGUCCCGCGCCUGUUAUUUCUGUUAGCUGCGAGUGGGAGGUCCUGCCACUCUGUCAGUGUGUCUUCCCCUUACAUUAAGAUGCCUUAUUGAUUUGGAUUUAGCUCCCAGGCUUUUGCCUGUUGGUGGGGUUGAAUGCUUCUCUUAUUUUUUUAUGUUGUUACAAUUCAGCCACACUUUGCCCUCCAUGCCAAUGCUGAAAAUACAGGGCUGCACUAUCAAGCCUGCUCUUUGGCACCCAAAGGACUGUGGUGUGUAAGAAAAGGAAACAGGCCAUCUCCAAAUCUCUUUAUAACUACUGCCCUACUCUCCUCUGCCGUGAUUCGCGGACUUGUGGCCUGAAUGGCCGCCAGCCAGCGCCGCCGCUGUGAAGCCUCUCUGCUGCUGCUGGGUGUCUGCUUACAGCCACCUACUGUGUGAAGAUGUUGAGCCUGCCCGUCUCUCCUGUGACAGAAGUCUAUUUUGAUCUGAGUGACAUCUGGAAGGUCAUUACCACUGCUCGGUUUAAUAUGCACAAGCCAUCCUCUGCCUUGGCUAUGUCAGCAUUUUUUUAUUUCUGUAUUUAAUUCCCAAUCUUUGCACUGCCUCAGAUGCCACAGAACAACAUUUUAGGCUCUGAGGAUGAGUUUACAAGGGUCAACCAGAAAUGGGUCCACAAUUUACAUGUUUGAAGGGCACCAGUCGGUUACUUGUACUCUAUUAAACUGCUACUGUGGCGUGUGGUUGUAAUUUUUAUUGAUGUUUACUCAUGUCCACUGUGGAACCCUGGCUGCUCACUAUUUUGGUGCACUUCUUCAAGUCUUCUGGUUUUUGCCUUUUGCUGUAUGGUAAAGCUCACACAGUGAGUUCAAUCAAGCCUUUGUGAUUUAUACCGCCUCAUGUUAAAAGUGCAUAAAACCAAACUGUAUAUAGACUAAUUGUUUAUCCAUUUUGCCAUACAGUAUGUGCAUAUGCCAGACUGAAUUUUGUGGAUGGGUGUAAUAAUAUUGGAUGUGUGGUUGUGAGAAAUGGGCAUCAUCUGCCUCAGUUUUCUUGCUUUUCCUUAUUCCCCUGUACAGUUGCUGUCACUGGUAUUUACGUACUGUAUGUUGGAUUCUAAUAAGUUUCAUAUUAGUCAAAAAAUCUUUUUGAUCCAUUUUUAAAGUGCUUUCAGAAUUCUUAAAAAAAAAAACUAUAACAUUUCAAGUAUUUCUGUUACUGAGUAAUAAAGGUUUGUGUCUACAGCUGCACUGUCUUUGUAAAAUGUUUUCUACCAUGGCUGAGCACUGGGAGAAGAGGGAAAGUGGCAUGAUAUUUAUUUAGCUAAUGUACUGCAGUUGUAAAUGUCUCUAAAUUAAACUGUACCUUUUUUUCUGA